AUGUCGUGCUUGGAUGAGAGGAUGAUUGAGUCUGAGACGAGCUUCCUUGAUCCGCCAUUGAGGACGAUGAGGAUUGCGGUGAAGCUUACCAUUUUACAGAAUUUAUACAAAAAUCUUUUAACAGUUCGUUAUGAAGGAGUUCUUGCUGAAACUGGUGAGGUUUUUGAUACCACUCGUGAAGACAACUCAAUUUUUACAUUUGAGCUUGGAGCGGGCACUGUGAUCAAGUCUUGGGACAUAGCCUUGAGAACUAUGAAGAUUGGGGAGAUUGCGAAAAUUACUUGCAAGCCGGAAUAUGCCUAUGGAAGUGCUGGUUCUCCUCCAGAGAUACCUCCAGAUGCGACACUUACGUUUGAGGUGGAGCUUGUUGCAUGCAGGCCUAGAAAAGGUGCAAGCCUUGGUAGUGUUUCAGAUGAAAAAGCUAGACUCGAAGAAUUGAAGAAACAGAGGGAGAGUACUGCAGCAUUGAAGGAAGAUGAGAAGAAAAAGAGGGAAGAAGCAAAAGCUGCUGCUGCUGCUCGAGUUCAGGCCAAGUUAGACGCUAAGAAAAAGCAUGGAAAAGGCAAAGGGAAGGGGAAGUAAGUAGGUAUAAUGGUUCUGUUCCUUUUUUUUUGGUUACUUCCUCUUUAUCUGUGGGAUUUGAUUUUUGAACUAUAAGCAAUAAAUAUUGUUGGCCAUAUGCACUAGAAAGUUAUAAGAAUUUAUACGUUA